AAGAGAAACAGGCUCUGGAUAUUAAAUAAAAAAAGAAACUGACAACAGACCUUGAGAUUUAAUCUUACUAUUAUAUGCUCAUAGUUUUGUUUUGAAUAGCAACAAUGCCCUGAAAUGUUUUAAUUCGUGUUCGUUCGUGGAUACUUUAGUGAGAUGUCUUAACGUUACGUUACUUCACUAACAGAGGCCUACUCUUCAUUUGCGCAGAAAGUUUUGAACUGGUUUUAGAUCUUGUUCUGAUGGUCGAUGACAAUGGAUGACAUCGAGAAAGAGAUUGAUGAAGAGUUGAGGAAAUUAAACUUAGAUCCCUUUGAAAAUGUUUCAGAAGAAUCGGAAGAUGAAAGCUUUAUUGCGUUGGAUGCAUCUCCUCAUUCAGAAGGUCUUUCUGACUCGGUGCUUGCAUACAUCCAAGCUUCAAGAACUCGAACUAAUGCCUUUGAACAAUUAAUCAUUGAAGAUUUUGAGGGAAAAGACUCCUUGAUUCAGGAACUUUUCGUCACCCACAAUGAUAAUAUAAUAAAUGAAGGAGCUAUGGAUUUUAUAGAGGAACCCACACAGUGGAAGGAUAGAGUAGUCUGUGGAAUGAGGGAACAGGUGGAGUCACAGAGCGCUCAAACCCUCAGUAUGGAUGUUGGAAUUGACCAUGACAUUUGCUCUGAGAGUGAAUUGCAGCUUAGUCUUGAAUGGAAAGAAUUGGAGAAAAGACUCGAAGAGGAAGAGGAGCAGAAAUUAGAGGCACAGAAGAUGGAAAGAGCGCUGCAUUUGAACUCCGAGAGAGAGGAGAAAGAAUGGAGAAAGAAGUCACUGAUGGAGUUCGAGGAGCAGCUGAGGAAGGUAGAGAAGGCUGCUCUGUUUCAAAAUGUUGGAGAAAAUAAUAAUGUUCAUUGCACAGUGGAUCAACAAGAACUGGAUAAACAGCAGGAGUUUAUAUGGAAGCUGGAGAAGGAGCUAGAGGAGGAGAAACAGGCUUUUGAGGAGGCUCAGCAGGAGGAGAGAAAGAGAAUCCAGGAGCUUCAAUGCAGAUCUGCUACAAAGAUCCAAGCUGUUCUCAGAGGAACGUUAGCACGCCGCUGGAGCACAAGAGAGCUCAAGAGAAGGAGAGAGGAAGAAAAAAGACUUGAGGAAGAGAAGAGGGAGUGGGAGAAAAUAAAUAAGGAAAGAGAGGAGGAGAGGAAGAGAACCGAGGAGGUAAAGCGUUUUCACAGGGAGGAGAUGGAGAGACGCAGAGCUGAGUAUGAGGCAUCAAAAGAACAAGAGCGCCAUCGCCUGGAGGAAGAGAAAAGACUUGAGCAGCAGAGGAGGAAGGAGGAAGAUAGAGGAAGGAGGGGGAUUGAGAUGAAAAUAGAGCAGAACAAUAUUACAGGUGUAGAAGAAAGACAUGUGAAUGAAGAAAGCCAAUGUGUGAAGGCAGAGAAAAUACUUCUGCAGCAGAGGAAGAAAGAUGAUGAUGAUGAUGAUGAGAGGAGGAAAGAGUUGAAGAGGAAGGAAGAGGAAUACAAUGUCACAAAUAUGGGAGAAAGUAGAGUGAAAGAAGAGAGCCAAUGUCUGGCGUCCGAGAAAAAGCAUCAUCAACAGCUGAAGAAAGGAGAGGUGGACGAGAGGAGGAAGGAGGUUAAGGGAAAGGAUGAGCACAACGUAAUUACAAGUGUGGAAAAGAGGAGAGUAAAAAAGGUAAGCGAUAGACAUGAGGAGAAUGUUGAGAAGAAUGAAGAAUAUGAGAAAAGGCAACUGGUGAGAAGUAGCAGAGCAGAAAACAAAUGUCAAAGAAAGGAGGAAAAUGAGGAGAGAGGAGAACGAGCGAUUCAAGGUAGUAGUGAGGAGGUAAGGGAAAGAAAAGUUCAAAUGGAAAGAAUAAGAGAUGUGUACAAGAAGAAGACUGUUUUGGACAAAAGUGAAAAAAUUGACCGGUUUGAUGAUCAGAAACUAUCAAAAAAGUGCUAUCAAGAAAAGUCAAAAGAUGGCAGUGAAGAACUUGACUGUCAGAUGGAUCUACUGCAGUCAAAAGAGAUUCAAAAACUUUCUACAGCCUAUCCACUGCCCUGCAUAAAUGCACAUCAAGAACUCUCUAAUGACCAUUUCAUUAGUCUGUUUGGUUCACCGAAAACUACAGGUCAUCUAAUUUUCGAAAUGACUCGGAACACAUUUGCAGAUCAAAGUCUCAAUGGUGUAGAACAUAAUAUGGACACUAGAGGGCAGCAAAAUACUACGACUGUUUUGCUUGAAAACUGUGUACCAGAGAUCCAAGAAUUGGCUUUUGAAUGUCUGCCUGACAGCACAGAGCAGAAGCGUAUGGCCUGGAUAAAGAACUGCACUCCUUGGUCCAUACUGUCAUUGCAGAAUAAAAAGAAGAGGCCAUCUGCCCAACAACAGUCCCGUAAGAGAGGGGCAAGAAGAGGAAAAUUACCCAGCUCGCCUCCUUUGUCUGUGGACACUAUUCUUAAGACAGGAGCUUGGAGUUCCCUCGAACAGGUUACAACAGUGACUCUGGAAGACCUGCCAGGCUGUAACCUGUCCACACUGUCUCAGUGUUAUAAACUAAAGACGUUAACACUUAGACGCUGUGGACUCAUAUCCUUGGAUGGACUUAACCAGUGUUCUCAGAUCAGAUACAUUGAUGUUCAGGAGAACUCGGUCACACAUGUGGAUUGUGGAGGUCUGGCAAACCUUGAAGUCCUCCUGCUGGGUAAAAACCAGCUUACAAACAUCCAUGGCCUCGAUGAUGCUGAGAAUCUCCAGGUCCUUCAGCUGUCACACAACAACAUUUCAUGUAUAAGUGGUUUAGGAGCCCUGAAAAUGCUUCAGAGAUUAUUAGUGGACCAUAACCAACUGCUCAGCAUGAGAGGUUUAAAUGAAAUGUAUACACUUCUGCAUCUGGACUGUUCAUACAACCACCUUAGCCACGCCGAGGGCUUGGAGAACUGCGCGCUCCUCAAUACGCUGGAGCUUAGAGGAAACAGUCUAACUCAGCUCCCUGUCCUGCAUAACCACGUCCUUCUGAGGGACCUUUCUCUGGAUGACAAUCUUAUAUCUUCUAUUAGUGAUCUGGAGUCUUAUUGGUUACCUUUGCUCCAAGACCUCUCCUUGGCUCAUAACAGUAUAACUGACUUAAUUCCACUCUUGGACUUGAUGUCUCUGAGGACGCUGAACAUCAGUCACAACUGUCUUUCAGACCUUCAAAAUGUUUGUCUGAACCUCCAGGGAUGCUUCAGUCUUCAAGAACUCAACCUGAAUGACAAUCCCCUAAAGCAGGAGAUGAACUGGAGGUCCUUGCUUCUGGAGACAGUGCCUGGCUUGAUUAAGCUGAAUAAUGAGCAGACUUCUGUAGCAGCAGCGUCCUCCAAAGGCCCAAGACAUCAGUGGAGUUUCCAAGCCCUCUGUCAGGCACAGCAGAGGCAGCGUGAUUCACUUCUUCAGAAACAUAAGAUGGAGAUCAGUUCUGCGCCAUCUCAACACGAUGCCCAGCUUCUCUUCAGUGGUCACUGUGCAGACCUCUUCAAAUUGGCAGUGGACCAGCGUUACGCCCAUGAAUAUGGGGACAGCUUUGUUACGGACGAUCCUGCAUCUUCCACAGAUUUUUCUGAAGCAUCUCCAUCACAGAGGAUAAGCCCAGAGAAGCAACCUCGCCAUACAGUAGAUCCCCAGAAGACUCACCGUGAGCUUCAAACUAAUGACCUUCAAGCAGACUUCCCAGAUAGCUGUACAGAGACACAAAUUGAGAUGGAACCUGUUCAGACGUUGGACCUUGAAAAAGCGGCUGUGGUCAUCCAGCGAUGCUGGCGGAGAAACGUAUUGCAGAGACGUUGGGGCCUCUCAUGCUUAAUUGCAAAAACUACAGAAAGAUUGAAUAUUCGUAGGAUGGAGGAGACCAGCAUUAAGAGGCCAGAACUCCCUAAGAGCGACCGUGCUGCUGUUGUUAUACAGGCUGCGUGGAGGGGCUACGAUCUGCGGAGAAGGCUGGCCUGCGCUCUCGCCGGCGCGCGGUUCACGGAGAGCGAUGAGGACUUUGAAGAGGUGGACACAGACGAAUUCAUUUUUGAUGAGAAGGCGAUGGAGAAAGACUGGAUAAGCCUGCAUUCCAAUACGUCACCGGCCAGGGCGAUGCCAUAUUCAGCUCACUCGCCGUUGCCAAAGCCUUGUGAGAGUCCACCUGUUAAUCCACGUCUACCCAAACAUGCCUGGUCAGAUAGUAAAGGUGCAGUCCACUUGGAGCAGUGUGUGUCACCUCACCUUAAUAGCAGUAGAAUAUUUACAAAAUAUUCUAAAUCAACGCUCAGAAACGACACUCUUGCCGAGAGGUCAGAUAAAAUCCUCAAAGAAUGGGGCUUCACGAGUAACUCCACUGCUCUUCUCAUGCUAAAGAGAGCCAAAAAAAUGAAGGGCAGUAAACCGCAACACAAAAGAUUAUUGGUUCGUCAAGUUGAGAAUGAAGUACAGAACGGACAGAGAGUCGGGGAACCACAGAAUUAUAAGGAGAAAACUUACCAGUGGCUCCACGCACAAGCAAUUCAUCCUCACACAGAUGCUGCAGUCUCAGGACGGGAUCAUUUCCUCCCUGAGAUUGAUCGUGAUAUUCUUUAUGGUGGAAGGGUGCAGCUUGUGGCCAGUGUUGGUGGAAGGAGUGGUGUAGAUUCAAGAGCUAAGCUUUGGGCAAACACCACUGGGGUCUCUUCACCUCCUAACAAACCAUCUCAGGCACGGAGACAUUCAACUGAACAUGAAAAGACGGAAGUUCCAUCACCCAACAGAGUUAGUUCAGCUCCGUCCCGAAAGGAUCGCAUCUCAUUCCGGGACAACCCGGUCCGGCAAAGUGGAGGCUGGGGUGGAGGAAAGAAGAGGACUCAAUUGAACAAGUAAAAGACAGCCACAUCAGCGCAUCGCACUGAGAUAACAUUGAUUCAGUUUUUCUCUUUGCUUUCACCUCCGAAUUUGUGGCCGUGUAUACGUCCAGGGUGUGAUGGAUGUCUUGUUGAUGUAAGCCCUUAACAAGACUUACAAUGCACAUUUGAUCUCUAGUGAAAUUCCCUGCAGCUGCUGUUUUUACUAAAAUCCAGCUUCCUCUCCUCCAAAUGAAUUAGAAGCAAUGGAUGAGAUAUAGCCCAAAUAUCUGCAGGCGGUCACAGGAUACGUAUUGCUUUCAAGUAUCACUCCAUUUAACGUGAGCACCGUGAGUCAUGGAAUGGGUGGAAACCAUUUACAAAUGACAUGCUUAAUAUGCAGACAAUGACAGCCAAUAAAAAUCAGCUUGUUCCUGUUUUAGUUUACUUUUUUUGGUCCUUUGCUUGUAAAUUUUUCAUUUGAGUCGUUCCUAAAAGCCUUGUUUUCCUUAAACUAAAAAUGAAAGAGAAGUAUGUUUAUUGAAAGUUACAAAUCAAAAAUCACUGUUAAUGAAGUUUUGUAUACAUUUUCGCAGCAAAUAUUCAUUUUGAAUUUGAUUUGAUAAAACGCUAAAAGCAGAGUUCCAAAACUAUGGCAUACAGGUCCAAGAAUGUGUUUUUUCAAGCGUUAGUAUCAGAUAGCGAUAGGUGUUUGUGUGUUUUAAUUUGCACAUCAAAAGGCUGACUAUUCACAAACAGUGGUUUGAAAAUAAGUUUCUGGCUCCAGCUUAUUAGUGCGUAGAAAUGUUCAAAUAAAUCUAGAAUAAAUCAUGUCUUCUUAUGGGAGUUUUGGCAGCGUGUUUAGGCAGGGCAUCCAUAGGUCUGAGACUCAUAAUGCAAAGACCCUGGCUGAACUAAGUGUCCUGUAAACAUAUGUGUGUUAAUACAUAGAAAUAGGACCAAAUUUAAGUAUUUUGAACUGGACGAUCACAGACUGGUUAAACGAGUGCCUUGUCUCAUUAACAUUUAGUUUCCAACUUUCCACUUUUGCUACACGAGCUCACAAAAGCAGAAUGACUUCACAGACUGAAUGCCAGCGGGUAAUUCGUGCCAGUUGUUACCCACUGCAAACAUAGGCAAACCAUGAGAGAAAAUCUUUGCAACUGCCAGUGUGAGCAGAUCUGUGCAAGGUUAGCAGGACCCUUCGGAAGUACCUAUCGGUUUGUUUAUGUUUGUAAUAGAUGUUGGAUUUAACUAUCUAGGAACACUUUAUAAGCGAAGUAAAUAUGCAUUGACUCAAUUCUUCACAUUAAAGUGAAAAGGCUUUUCAAACCAGAUUUCAGUCAGAGAGCUCUAUGCAUCUGGCCUGACCAGAGCAGCUCUCUCAGCAGCUGCCUGGUCUAACAGUUUAUUAUGAUUUUAAUGACUAAAGUGACUGCAAAGGCGUGUGCAUACAAUCCCUGCUGACACGCUCAUGCUGCCCUCUGACCUUCACUAGAGAUCAUUCUGUCUAUGAAACAUACAGUGACAGACAAUAAAUAAUUGUGUCCUGUACAGAACCAUUAACCACGACUCUUUUGACUGGUCUGUUUCUUGUAUAUAUGUCACAAUAUUGACAUGUAUGUUAUUUUGUAUUUUAUAUUAAUGUUUGUUUUAUCCUAUUAUGUUUAAUCAAU